AUGGCGUUCAUGGUUAAGAGCAUGGUGGGGGGGCAGCUGAAGACCCUGACCGGCGGGCUGACGGAGGAGAAGGCGGAAGGGGGGGAGAAGACCGAAGCCGCCGCUCAGGGCAUGACGCAGGAGGAGUUCGAGCAGUACCAGCAACAGUUGGAGGAAGAGAAGCAGGAGCGGGAGGCGAAUUUUGCCCAGAAGAAAGCGGAGCGAGCCACGGUCCGCAGCCACUUCAGGGACAAGUACCGGCUACCCAAGAACGAGCUGGAUGAGACUCAGAUCCAGCAGGCCGGGGACGACGUGGAGUUGCCCACGGAGCUGGCCAAGAUGAUCGCCCAGGACAACCAGGAGGAGGAGAGCAAGACGUCGGUGUUGGGCCAGCUGACCAGCAUCCAGAACGUGGACAUGGACCAGCUCAAGGACAAGGCCCAGGCCACACUGGAGGACCUCAAGAAGCAGACAGAGAACUGCAGCCUGAUGUGA